GAUCCGUAUACUUAUAUUCGCUCUUUGAUACUAUUCCCAGCGUUUUUAGAUUGGCUGUUUCGGCCGUACCGCUUUUGACUAUAGAUUUUGGAGCAAUCAGUGUCAAGUUAUUGAGGAAACCGUUCCGGUGAGCACUUCGCGCACGGCACCCAAUGAGCCAUGGGUCAAUCAAAACGCCCUUUCAAAAACAAGGAAGAGAAAAAGAGUAGAGGCUUUGGGCGAUCGAGACAUGAUGACGCGGGCGCUGGCGGCAGGCCUCAAGUUAAAAAGGCCGUGUUCGAGAGCACGAAGAAAAAGGAAAUCGGUGUCUCAGAUCUAACACUGCUCAGUAAAGUCUCCAAUGAGGCUAUCAAUGAGAACUUGAAGAAGCGCUUUGAGCACGGCGAGAUUUAUACAUACAUUGGACAUGUGCUGGUCUCUGUCAAUCCGUUCCGGGACUUGGGUAUCUAUACCGAUAAGGUCCUCGAAUCGUACCGGGGGAAGAACCGGCUCGAAGUUCCUCCACACGUCUUUGCAGUGGCCGAAGCCGGAUAUUAUAAUAUGAAAGCAUAUAAAGAAAACCAAUGCGUCAUUAUUUCUGGGGAAUCAGGAGCUGGGAAAACGGAAGCCGCAAAGCGUCUUAUGCAGUAUAUCGCAAACGUGUCCGGCGGCACAGAUUCUUCGAUUCAACAGACAAAGGACAUGGUUCUUGCCACAAAUCCACUCCUCGAAUCCUUUGGAAACGCGAAGACUCUGCGAAAUAAUAAUUCCUCAAGAUUCGGAAAAUACCUGGAGCUGCAGUUCAACUCGGUCGGAGAACCGGUCGGCGCGACCAUUACAAACUAUCUUCUCGAGAAGUCUAGAGUUGUGGGCCAGAUAAAGAAUGAACGAAAUUUCCACAUAUUCUAUCAGUUUACUAAAGCUGCCCCGCAAUCCUACAGAGAUGCUUUCGGUAUCCAGCAGCCCCAGUCGUAUGUAUAUACCAGCCGCUCACAAUGCUUCGACGUUGCCGGGAUGAAUGAUGCCGCAGACUUCAAUGACACAAUAGAGGCAAUGAGAAUUAUUGGUCUUCGUCAAGCUGAGCAAGAUAAUAUCUUUCGCGUCCUAUCCGCUAUAUUGUGGUUAGGAAAUAUGCAAUUCCAAGAAGAUGAUCAUUCUAAUGCUUCCAUAAAUGAUCAAUCCAUUAUCGAUUUUGUUGCGUAUCUGUUAGAAGUGGAUGCUGAGGGAGUGCAGAAAGCGCUAACCCAAAGAAUUGUCGAGACAGCGCGAGGUGGGCGAAGAGGCUCGAUAUAUGAGGUUCCCCUAAACACAGUACAGGCUACUGCAGUACGGGAUGCUCUAGCAAAGGCCCUUUACUUCAAUUUAUUCGACUGGAUCGUCCAGCGAGUCAAUGCAUCGUUGACCGCAAAAGGCACCGUGACAAACACGAUCGGUAUUUUAGAUAUUUACGGGUUCGAAAUCUUUGAACGAAAUUCAUUCGAACAACUCUGCAUUAACUAUGUCAACGAAAAGCUACAACAGAUUUUUAUUCAGUUAACCUUGAAAACUGAGCAGGAGGAAUAUGCUCGAGAGCAGAUCAAGUGGACGCCAAUCAAAUACUUCGACAACAAAGUUGUUUGCCAGUUGAUCGAAGACAAGAGACCGCCUGGUGUCUUUGCAGCGCUGAAUGAUGCCUGUGCGACCGCCCAUGCCGAUUCAGGGGCGGCUGACCAGACCUUCGUUGGAAGACUAAACUUUUUGUCUCAAAAUCCUAACUUUGAGUCCCGGCAGGGUCAAUUUAUCGUCAAACAUUAUGCCGGAGAUGUUGCCUAUGCUGUGGAGGGAAUGACAGAUAAAAAUAAAGACCAGCUCCUCAAAGAUCUUCUGAAUCUCGUUAAUUCUAGCACCAAUAGCUUUUUGCAUACACUUUUCCCGAACCGAGUGAAUCAAGAUGAUAAACGUCGGCCUCCGACCGCAGGAGACAAGAUUAAGGCAUCUGCUAACGAUCUCGUCACAACGUUGGCGAAAGCGCAACCCUCUUAUAUUCGAACAAUCAAACCAAACGAUAACAAGUCCCCGUCUGAGUACAACGUUGCAAACGUGAUCCAUCAAAUUAAAUAUCUCGGUUUACAAGAGAAUGUUCGAAUUCGAAGAGCAGGGUUUGCUUAUCGUCAAACGUUCGAAAAGUUUGUUGAGCGGUUCUAUCUUCUUUCUCCGAAGACAUCGUAUGCCGGGGAGUAUACUUGGACAGGCGAUGCCGAAUCCGGUGCCCGCCAGAUCUUAAAGGAUACCAGCAUUCCUCCAGAAGAAUAUCAAAUGGGUGUUACGAAAGCGUUUAUCAAGACUCCCGAAACACUUUUCGCACUGGAGCAUAUGCGAGAUCGAUAUUGGCAUAACAUGGCUACAAGAAUUCAACGGGCUUGGCGUAACUAUCUGAGAUACCGGACCGAGUGCGCCAUCCGCAUUCAACGAUUCUGGAGAAGAGUUACAGGGGGGCUUGAAUUCAUCAAACUGCGUGAUCAGGGUCAUAAAAUUCUAGGUGGUAGGAAGGAGCGCCGAAGAUAUAGUCUAGUUGGCUCGAGGAGGUUCCUAGGCGAUUAUCUCGGAAUUAGUAACGCCGGUGAUAUGGGGGACGUCAUUAAGAGCUCGAUCAAUAUUAGCAGUGGGGAAAAUGUCUUAUAUUCGUGUCGAUGCGAACUCUUGGUGACUAAAUUUGGUCGCUCAAGCAAACCUUCACCUCGUCUAUUAAUACUGACUUCCCGCAAUGUGUACGUUGUUGUGCAAAAGUUUGUGAAUAAUCAACUUAGCAUAUUGGCGGAGCGCAUGAUUCCAAUCGGCGCCAUCAAGUUCGUCAGCACCUCAAAUCUGAAGGAUGACUGGUUCUCCAUUGGGGUUGGGGCUCAACAGGAACCUGAUCCUCUCAUCAGCUGCGUCUUCAAGACGGAAUUCUUUACCUACCUCACAAAUGCACUCCGAGGCCAGCUUAGUUUGCGAAUUGGAGAAACCAUCGAGUAUAACAAGAAACCAGGCAAGCUGGCUGUCGUAAAGGCAGUUAAGGAUCCUGCAGUACCUCGUGAUGAUGUCUACAAGAGUGGCACGAUUCGUACUGGUCCGGGAGAACCGGCGAAUUCGGUUUCCAAACCUACGCCGAGACCAAAACAGGUCCCCGGUAAACCAAUAACCAAGGGCAAAUUGUUGCGACCUGGUGGCCCAGGAGGUGGGCCGUCCAAGCUUGCACCACGGCCCAAACCAGUUGCUCAAAAUCUCCCUGAAAAUCCGCGGGCAGCGAAGCAGCCUGCUGGUGAGAAGUUUAAACCGGUAGCACAAUCCGUUACUGCAGUCGCUGCAGCACAUGCUCGAACUAACUCAGGCUCCCAAAAUCGACCUCCCCCUCCGCCCCCACCGACCCAGCCUCCCACCCCGAAGAAAGAUACUGCCAAAGCCCUCUAUGACUUUGACAGCGGCAGAUCGAAUGAAUUACCGCUUCGAAAAGGUGAAAUUGUGCAGGUGGUUACGAAAGAGAGCAACGGUUGGUGGUUGUGUAUGAAUCUAGAGACAUCAGCCCAGGGAUGGGCUCCCGAGGCCUAUCUUGAGCCAAUAGUAGCUAAAACUCCAUCACUUCCUCCGCCACCACCUAGUCUUCCACCACAGUCAAAGUCUGCCGUAUCGAAUACAUUACCCAAUGGACCAUCACGCGUCAACGGUGCAGCUGCGAAGGCCAAACCGGCUCCUCCGACUCCUCCAUUUAAACGUCCAGAUAUAAAUCGCAAAGCAGCCCCUGCCGCAGCCCUUCGAGACAGCGCAGUAAGCAUGAAUUCGCAUGAGUCGCCGGCUGGUAGUGGUCGCGCCACUCCAAGCAGUCUAAGCAAUGCGAGCAUUGCGGGUGGUCUUGCAGAAGCCCUGAGGGCCAGGCAAAGCGCUAUGCAAGGAAAAGAGCAAGAUGAUGAUGAUUGGUAGCUGGUCUUCGAUAUCAACGUUCCGGAGAGGGCUUCUAUUUGGGAUUUUGAUUCACAUAUUGCGGUUUCCUGGAGGGUCAUGCUGGCCGGUGCAUAUUUUCAUUGAGUUAUUCGGCUUUUUUCCUUCCUAUCAUUUACCUUUCUUGUAGCUUUUCAAAGAUUUCAAUUUCGACUCUGUGUGUGGUUUUGCUGAACAUUUUAGAGUUAUCUUGUAUAUUCCCUCUUCCCCUUUCCGCGUGCGGAUUUGAGGCCUUUUAGUUUCUCUUGCUGUCUGCGCACCACCGGUUUACCUCCACGCCCUAGACGGAGCUGGUCCGCGGAACUGUUAGACAGCUCUGUUCUCUCUCCAACUCCUCCAAAAAAAAAAGAGAAGAAACUUGCUUCCAAACAACUCCCCAGAUUUACAUACAGUUAGAAUAUGUUUACUCAGAACUGUCAAUAGAAGCUACUGAUCUUUAUUUUC